AUGGCAUCUGGACCCAACAUGAUGGCCCCCAUUUGUCUGGUGGAAAACAACAAUGAGAAGCUGUCAGUGAACCAGAAAGCUAUAGAGAUUCUUGAAAAGAUUUCUCAACCAUUGGUGGUGGUGGCCAUUGUAGGACUGUAUCGUACGGGUAAAUCCUACUUGAUGAACCGUCUUGCAGGCCAGAAUGAUGGUUUCCCUCUGGGCUCUACUGUGCAGUCUGAAACCAAGGGUAUCUGGAUGUGGUGUGUGCCUCACCCCUCCAAGCUGAACCACACCCUGGUUCUUCUGGACACUGAGGGCCUGGGGGAUGUGGAAAAGGGCGACCCUAAGAAUGACUCGUGGAUCUUUGCCCUGGCCGUGCUUCUGUGUAGCAGCUUUGUCUAUAACAGCAUGAGCACCAUCAACCACCAGGCCCUGGAGCAGCUGCAUUAUGUGACGGAGCUCACAGAACUCAUCAGGGCAAAGUCCUGCCCAAGACCUGAUGAAGUAGAAGAUUCCACAGAGUUUGUGAGUUUCUUUCCAGACUUUAUCUGGGCUGUUCGGGAUUUCACCUUAGAGCUGAAGUUAAAUGGUCGCCAUAUCACAGAAGAUGAGUACCUGGAGAAUGCCUUGAAGCUGAUUCCAGGCUGGAACCCCAAAGCCCGAGAAUCCAAUCUAUCCAGAGAGUGCAUCAGGAAAUUCUUUCCAAAACGGAAGUGUUUUGUGUUUGACCGGCCAACAAAUGACAAAGCACUCCUAGCCAAUAUUGAGAAAGUGUCAGAAAACCAACUGGAUCCUAAAUUCCUGGAACAAACAAGCAAUUUCUGUUCUUAUAUCUUCACCUGUGCAAGAACUAAGACCCUCAGAGAGGGAAUCAUGGUCACUGGGAAUCGGCUGAGGACUCUGGUGGUGACCUACGUGGAUAGCAUCAAUAGUGGAGCAGUGCCUUGUCUGGAGAACGCAGUGAGAACUCUGGCCCAGCUUGAGAACUCAGCGGCCGUGCAGAAAGCAGCUGACCACUACAGUGAGCAGAUGGCCCAGCAAGUGAACUUGCCCACAGACACGCUCCAGGAGUUGCUGGACCUGCACGCAGCCUGUGAGAGAGAUGCCAUUGCAAUUUUCAUGGAGCACUCCUUCAAGGAUGAAAACCAGGAGUUCCACAAGAACCUUGUGGAAAUCCUACAGAAUAAGAAGGAGGGUUUCUUGAGGCGGAAUGAAGAGGCAUCUGUUAAAUACUGCCAGGCUAAACUUGAUGAGCUUUCAAAGGCCCUAAUGGAAAGCAUUUCAUCAGGAACUUUCUCUGUUCCUGGAGGACACAAGCUCUAUGUAGAAACAAAGGAAAGGAUUGAACAGGACUAUCAGUGUGAGAGCAAAACCUUCCUGAAACAGGGAGCUUCCUCUCCUUCUGUGGAACAAACUGCUAAAUCUGAAAACAAUAAGGAGAGUUGUGGUUGUACAGGGUGCUUCCCAUCUCAGCCUGAAAUGUGGUUUUGA